AUGAGUCAAUCUCGCAUCUUCCAUCGUAUGCCGCUCGGCUACGGUCUAGCACCUGGACCGCGGCAAUUGGAUACUGGUGAUGCUCAUUUGGGCUGGGAGAACGUAAAGACAAAAGUUGUGACCGUGGUGUUUAGAGCCCCACGGGCAUCACUCUCUUCCCUUCUUCCGCAUAAAUGCUUCCGAAUCGAUGCAGACGAGGCUGAAGAUGGACUGUCCUAUGCUUCGAUCAAAUUUACCCGGUUAGAGAACCUGCCCUGGUUGGCGGGUCGAGGGUAUAACCACUGUGGGCUCUACAUCCAUGAUGUGGUCUGCCAGGGAAAGUAUGAGCAGAAGAGGGGGGAAUAUCUCAGUGUAUUAUUUGAGAACCUUGCCGAUCCUAUUAUUACUGGAAGGGAGGAGAUUGGCUAUGCCAAAGUCUUCGCUACACUUGAUGAGGAGGAAAAGAGCAAGGGUCAGCUCGAGAUUCGAGUGGGCUGGGGAGGAACUGUCUUUGGUGUAAUCUCCUUGGAUGGCCUGGAAGAAGUUUCCCCAAAACAGGAUUAUGCGAGAGAAACAUAUGCACCAUCCGAGGGUCUGUUACAUUUUAAAUAUAUUCCCCGAACAGGUAGCAAUGGCCAUGAUGCCAUGUAUCCAACGUUUUCUCCUACGCCACCAGCAUCUUCCUCCAUCAUAGACCGAGUGCAGAUAGCUUCUGUUGCGAAGCUUGAAUUUCGUGAUUAUGGGUUCCAAAAGCUGCCAACAUUACAGCAUAUAGCGAGUCGCCUGUCUAACCUUCCCAUUAAGGAGAUCGUUGAGGCGCGCGUUGUCGAAGCGACAGGCACAACCGAUUUAAGAGAACAGACUGCAUUGCAAUUAGACACAGACGUCGACAUCGCAGACUUUGAAUCAACUUGA